AUGAUUAAAGGCAGGCUGCCUAGCAAGCGGCAUCUGCCCUCCUUGCAAAAACCUCCGAUCAAAAACCGGCGCCGCGUCAUUACACCAUUGCAGGCGGUUUCGGUCACGUUGCUUUUCAUUAGGUGUACGACCAUCGACCCGAGUGACAGAACCAGCUGCAGAAAGAGGAAGCGAGCAAAAUUGAAAGAUGGUGGGCUGCCGAAAUUGAGAUACAGAUUCCUUUUCGAGCAAAUGGUGAAGAGGGUUUUCAGGAGGGUGGAGAGGAAGAUCCUCAGAAGGAAGUACUUAGAUCCGCUCAAGGUCGCCGCUCAAAUGGAACCAUUGCUUCAUUUCCCUCUCGUAAUGAAGGAUGAUGUUGUUGUUUCCCCCGACUCCAAACUCGAUGACUUCUCUUAUUUCUCCCUGUGUGAUUUACAGGUAAAGAAACACAACAAGCAUUGCAAGACCUGCAACAUGUGUGUGGAAGGAUUUGACCACUACUCGGGUUGGUGUAAUGACGCGGUGUCGGUUUUUGAUCGGAGGUUUCUGUGA